AUACAAAAACACCAUGGAACUGAACUCCAAAAUACUCGACUAACUUUAAUUAUAUUACAAAUGGGCAGGUCUGGAGUUGCAGCUGGAGAUUUGUUACUACUUAUGGCUCAAAACAUUGAUGUUCUUGCAGGGCCUGUAAUUAGUUUGGCUUACCCUCUAUACGCGUCAAUCCGAGCGAUCGAGACCAAAAAUGUUGCUGAUGAUCAGCAAUGGCUUACAUAUUGGGUGUUGUAUUCCAUGAUUACGCUUUUCGAGCUCACCUUUGCCGCUCUUAUUGAAUGGAUUCCAUUUUGGUCAUAUGCGAAGCUUAUUAUCACAUGCUGGUUGGUAAUACCACAGUUUAGCGGUGCUGCAUAUGUAUAUCAGCACUAUAUUCGACCUUUCUAUGUAGGAAACCGCACUAUUAACGUGUUCUAUGUUCCGAGUAAAAAGGACUUGUUCACGGACCCCACGCAAGAUGACAUUGUCGUCUCUGCUGAUAAAUACGUUCGAGAAUUCGGGCCGGAUGCUUUUUCUGGAUACGGCUACGUGCAAGAAAGCCUACCUCAAGAAACUAUACAACAUUUCGAUAUGAAUGGCGAAGCGAAGUAUAGAGGUAACACUUGGUUCUCUGAAGAUGACUAUGUGUAUUAAGGCUGUUUUGCGGAUCAUACAAUUUGCCGUACAACAGGCAAUGUAUGGACAGAUGCCCGGAUCUAUGGUUUCGGUCUGUUAACUAGCAUAAACCUUUUUUUUUAAUUUUCUAGCGUAUAAAAAUAAAGAAAAAUUGUAAUAUGGUUAUAUAAUCGAAAUAUGUUUUAAUAUUAAUUAGGUCACCAAGAAAACUGUUUUAUCUUAAUUU